AUGGCGAACGUGAAUUCGAGCGGAUUGCAUUCGCUCGCUACCAUAAUUAAGCGCCUUGAAGCUGCGGCUUCCCGAUUCGAAGAUAUCGCGCUCGCUAUUGAUCCAUCGACUGGUUCGAAUAGAAUAGAACCCGUACAACAAUCCAAGUCACCCGCUCAGGAGACAUCUACUCCCCAUGUCCCCUCAGCACCUCCACCACCUCCACCCCCAGCACCAGCUGUCGCGGCUCCUGCGGUUCAAGAGACACCAAAGAGUGUACUUUCAUUCCAUGAAAAGGUCGUCGAUGCCAAGGUCAAGCCCUUCCUAGACUUCACCAAAAACUUUGCUGGUCCUAAUGUCGUUGAGAUUAGUGCUCUAGUUCAAAAGCAGUAUGAGAUUCUAGGUGAUUUCUUGGAACUGGUGUCAUCCUGCACAAAGCCGGAACAGAAAACAUUGGAGAAUAUCCUCGGUCCAUUCCUCAAAUCCAUUGAAGCUAUAUCUCGUGCCAAGGAAGCCAACAGGCGUGACAGGGACUGGUUCUCGCACUUAACUAUCCUAGCAGAGGGUGCACCAAUCAUUGGAUGGGUUAUCAAUCCCAAACCUGCACAAUUUGUCGUCGAUAUCAAGGACACAGUCGUAUACUACGGAAAUAGGGUGAAACAAGAAUACAAAGAUAAGAAUCCUAAACACGUUGAAUGGGUUAACCUGUAUGUUGCGAUCUUCGAUGCCAUGCAGGCAUACAUCAAAGAGUAUCAUGCUGCUGGCUUGGUGUGGAAUUCGAAGGGUAUCCCUGUUCAAGAAUACAAAGCUCAGGGUUCAGCCGAAGCAGGUGGUGCUCCACCACCACCACCACCACCUCCUCCUCCUCCUGCCCCGGUACCUGCACCUGCACCCGCGACCGCACCUGCAACUGGUGCCGCAGCAGUAUUCGCCGAACUCAACCGCGGAGAAGAGGUUACCAAAGGCCUCCGCAAGGUCGACAAGAGCGAAAUGACGCACAAAAAUCCGGCGCUAAGAGCUAGUAGUGUUGUCCCAGCAUCAACAUCGAGUUCAGCAGUUAGUAAGAAACCUCUCAAACCAUCCAAGCCACAGGCUCUUGCGGGGAAGAAACCCAGCAAACUUGCGUUGGAAGGAAACAAGUGGCUAGUGGAAUAUUAUGAAAACGAGACUUUGACGAUCGACCAAACGGAAAUCAGCCAAUCUGUCAACGUGUACGGUUGCAAAAACACAAUCGUUAUCAUCAAGGGGAAAGUCAAUGCGGUCAAUAUUCUCAAGGGCUCGAAGACCUCCGUUCUCGUCGAUUCGGUUGUGGCUUCUAUCUCCAUUACGGACUCACCAUCCUUCCAACUGCAAAUCACCGGAACUGCGCCAAUGAUCCAACUUGACUCAACCGACUCUGGUCAGAUUUACCUGUCAAAGCACAGUCUCAACGCCGAAAUCACAACCGCCAAAUGCAGCGCGAUCAAUGUUAGUUUGCCUGUUGCUGGAGAGGAGGAGGGUAUCUUUGAAGAGCAACCUGUUCCUGAGAUGUUCAAAACAGUUAUUAAGGACGGCAAGCUUGUCACCACAAUUGUGGAGCACGCUGGCUGA